CCGCAGCUCUGUUUAACCCCUGCCGCCGUCCUCCGCGCACCACCACACCACCACCGCUCUCAGGAUCCACACCGGGGGAUUUUAACUCUUCCCUCUAUCCAAGCAGCUCGUGUGUGCGGGCUUUUCCUCGGAGAACCGGCCAGAUGGAGGACUACCACAAACCGGACCAGCAGACGGUGCAGGCGCUCAGGAACCUCGCCGCCCGGCUCCGGAUCAACUCCAUCAAAGCGACGACCGCAGCGGGCAGCGGUCAUCCCACAUCAUGUUGCAGCGUGGCAGAGAUCAUGUCUGUGUUGUUCUUUCAUUCUAUGAAGUACCGACCCGAAGAGCCCCGUAACCCCAACAAUGAUCGAUUCAUCCUCUCCAAGGGUCACGCGGCUCCCGUGCUGUAUGCCGUGUGGGCCGAAACCGGCUACCUGAAGGAGAACGAGCUUCUCAACCUGCGCAAGGUGGACUCCAUCCUGGAGGGACACCCUGUGCCGAAGCAGCAGUUUGUGGAUGUGGCCACCGGGUCUCUGGGUCAGGGUCUGGGAGCUGCCUGUGGGAUGGCGUACACUGGAAAAUACUUUGACAGAGCCAGCUAUCGGGUCUUCUGCCUGCUGGGCGAUGGAGAGUUGUCCGAGGGCUCGGUGUGGGAGGCCAUGGCCUUCGCCUCCUACUACCAGCUAGACAACCUGGUGGCCAUCUUGGACAUCAACCGGCUGGGUCAGAGCGAUCCGACUCCUUUGCAGCACCAUGUGGAGAAAUACCAGAGGCGCUGCGAGGCCUUUGGCUGGCACUCCAUCAUCGUGGACGGCCACAGCGUGGAGGAGUUGUGCAAAGUGCUGAAUCAGCCCCACCAUCAGCCGCUCGCCAUCAUCGCUAAAACCACCAAGGGCAAGGGCAUCCCAGCUGCUGAGGAUAAGAUGGGCUGGCACGGCAAGCCUUUGCCCAAAGACGUGGCAGAGAGUGCCAUUAAAGAGCUGCAGAGCCGCAUCGCCAGCUGCAACAAACGUCUCUAUCCUGCUCCACCCAACGAGGACGCAUCUCCCGUCAGCAUCCGCAACAUCCGCAUGCCGAGCGCACCCAGCUACAAACCUGGAGACAAGAUUGCUACGAGGAAGGCCUACGGGAUGGCUCUGGCCAAACUGGGCCGCUACAACGAGCGCCUGGUGGUUCUGGAUGGAGACACCAAAAACUCCACCUUCUCCGAGCUGUUUAAAAAUGAACACCCCAACCGCUACGUGGAGUGCUACAUCGCAGAGCAGAACAUGGUGAGCGUGGCGAUUGGCUGCGCUGUCCGCGACCGUAACGUGGUGUUUGCCAGCACCUUCGCCACGUUCUUCACUCGGGCCUACGACCAGCUCCGAAUGGCGGCCAUCUCCGAGAGCAACAUCAAUCUCUGCGGUUCCCACUGCGGCGUCUCUAUCGGUGAGGAUGGACCCUCUCAGAUGGGUCUGGAGGACCUGGCCAUGUUCAGAGCCAUUCCCACGGCAACGGUCUUCUAUCCAAGUGAUGGAGUCUCCACUGAGAAGGCUGUGGAGCUCGCAGCCAACACAAAGGGUUUGUGUUUCAUUCGAACAAGCCGCCCAGAGAACAACAUCAUUUACAACUGCAAUGAAGAUUUCCAUGUUGGACAGGCAAAGGUUGCCUAUAAAACCAAUGACGAUCAGGUGACUGUGGUUGGAGCAGGCGUGACCCUCCAUGAGGCUUUGGCAGCUGCUGAAAUGCUGAAGAAAGAGAGAAUCAACAUCCGCGUGAUUGACCCGUUCACCAUCAAACCCCUGGACUCCAAGACCAUCAUCGACAACGCUAGAGCUACCAGAGGACGCAUCAUCACCGUAGAAGACCACUACUAUGAGGGCGGCCUGGGCGAGGCGGUGUGCUCGGCGGUGGUGAAGGAAUCCGGCCUGGUCGUCCACCGCCUGGCGGUUUCCCAGGUGCCCCGCAGCGGGAAGCCGCAGGAGCUGCUCCGGAUCUUCGGCAUCGACCGCGAGGCCAUCGCUCAGGCGGUGCGCAAGCUGCUCAGCAGCUCGGCCAACGCCAAGUAAGAACGCCUCUGGUGUUCACCACGGGGACGGGAAACAAACCCACCCAGAGGGAGGUGGCUGCUCUUCUGGCCCACUGACACUCUCCUCCUCAUAGAGCAAUCAGAGCCAUUCGUUUAGAAAGAAUUAAAAAAGAAAAUAAAAGUUUUUUCUCUAAUUGUCAUUGAUGUGUUCUGACACCCAGCCCCAAGAUUUUUUCCCCCCCGUCAGUUUGUGAGUCGAGUAAACCCACGUCCUCCACCCUUCACCCACAGAAACCCACACCUCCACCCUCUAGCGCCUUCCUACCUCUCAGAAAGCUCCGGUGCUGCUGUCGUGUUUCAGUAAAAAGCAGUAAAAGUGCACCGGAGUUCAGUCUUUUUUUAUACAAUUUCUGUGGAUCCCCCUUUCUCACUUACCGGGCCCAGCGUUUCUGCCCCACAGCGAGUAAACGCCACCCCACUAGAACCAGCAGGGUGUGGGUGAAACCCGUUUGUUUGGUCUGUUUGAGCACUGACUAUUUUUAAACUCUCUUGACUCUGGUUGGGACUGCUUCACACGAAUAAAGGGAUGAUUUCUUCACA